AUGUCUUUCCGUGGGCGUGGUACUGGUGCGAAUCGGGGCGGCUUCGGCGCCCGUGGUGGCCGCGGAGGCUUCCAGCCGUCUUUCGGUCCCCCCGCCCAAGUUCUUGAGAUGGGUACCGUCAUGCACGCUUGCGAGGGCGAGAUGGUUUGCGAAUCGAUCAACCCAAAGAUUCCCUACUUCAACGCCCCAAUCUACCUCGAGAACAAGACCCCCAUUGGAAAGGUCGACGAGGUCUUGGGUCCCAUCAACCAGGUGUACUUCACCAUCAAGCCCCAGGAGGGCAUUGUCGCCACUUCGUUCAAGCCCGGCGACAAGGUCUACAUCGGCGGUGACAAGCUGUUGCCUCUCGAGAAGUUCCUUCCCAAGCCCAAGCCUCCACCAGGUGCUGCUAAGCCCAAGCGUGCCGGUGGUGCCCGCGGUGGCCGUGGAGGUGCUCCCCGUGGCCGCGGCGGUUUCGGUGCUCGCGGUGGUGCUCCCCGUGGUCGGGGUGGAUUCGGUGCCCCCCGUGGUCGUGGCGGCAGUGGCGGCUUUGGUGGUCGUGGUGGUGGCUUCUCUCGCGGUGGUGGUCGCGGCGGUUCUCGCGGCGGCUUCCGUGGGCGUGGUUGA